AUGUUCGGCUGUGCCUGCGAUGUACCUUCGCACAAUUACACCUGGAGUUUCGAGCCUAAGCUGGACUGGUCAGCCGUAUACCCGCCGGCGCCAGAGAUUCGAGAGUAUUUCGAGAGCUUUGCAAGGAAGUACUCGCUGGACCAGUAUAUCAAGCUGCAGCACCAAGUAGUAGGGGCAUUUUGGAACUCCAAGGAGGGGGGCUAUGAUGUCCACGUGAAGGAUACGCAGACGGACACCACUGUCGUCGACCAUUGCGACGUCCUCGUCAAUGCUGGCGGCAUCCUGAACAACUGGAAGUGGCCUGCCAUCCCUGGACUUGACAAGUACAAAGGCACCCUCCUGCACACAGCCAAUUGGGAUGACUCCGUCUCCUUGGAAGGCAAGCAUGUCGGCCUCAUCGGCAAUGGAUCCUCGGGUAUCCAGGUACUGCCCGCAAUACGCGACAAGUGUCACAAGGUGACGACCUUCAUUCGCGAACCGACGUGGGUGUCCCCUGUCCAAGGACUCGAGCAGCACCAGUUCAGCCCCGAGGAGCUGAAAGAUUUCCGCGAGAAGCCUGGAGCGUUGAUGGAAUAUCGCAAAAACAUUGAAUCUGGCCUCAACGGGCAGUUCGGGAUCUUUCUGAAGAACAAUAAGAUCAAUCAGGAGACGCACGCCUACAUGCUUCAGCAGAUGAAGGAAAAGCUCAACAGCCCCUACCUCGAAGACAAACUCAUCCCCGAGUGGAGCGUUGGCUGCCGCCGUCUCACCCCUGGUGUGAACUACCUUGAGUCUCUCACAAAGCCCAAUGUCGAAGUGGUAUACGGCGAGAUCACCGAGGUAACUGAGCGCGGGUGCGUCAGUGACAACGGCCAAGAGUACCCUGUAGACAUUCUCAUCUGCGCCACCGGUUUCGAUACAUCCUUCAAGCCGCGCUUCCCCGUUGUCGCUCCAUCGGGUGAGAACCUCCAAGAUAAAUGGGCCGUCAAUCCGGAAUCGUAUUUUGGAAUGGCCGCGUCUGGCUUCCCCAAUUACUUCCAUAUGCUGGGCCCCAACUGCCCCAUAGGCAACGGCCCCGUUCUGUCCGCAAUAGAGGCACAGGCCGACUGGAUGCUCAAGAUUGUGGAUCGGUACCAGACCAACAACAUUGUCGAGUUCGCUGCGAAGGAGGAGGCUGUGCGGGACUUUGUCGAGUACAAAGAGUGGUUCAUGACCAAGACGGUAUGGGCAGACCCGUGCCGUUCGUGGUACAAGCCGCGGGCCGAUGGGCCUGUUGUGGCGUUGUGGCCCGGCUCGACACUUCAUUACAUUGAAGCUAUCAAGGAAGUUCGAUUUGACGACCUCGACGUGAAGUACGCCGGCAAUCGCUUUUCGUGGUUGGGCAAUGGGUACUCUCAGACGGAGCUUGAUGACACCUCGGACUGGGCAUACUACAUCAGAGACAAGGAUGAUGAUCCACCCCUGACCACCGCCGGAAAGCGAAAGAUUCUGACUAGGAGCGGAUCGGUUAAGGGUAGAAGUCUUGUUUCUUUCAGUGGCAAGCCGGAGGACGCUGAGCCUGGGCCGGCUAAAGAGAUGGCCCGCCUAUGA